AAGGAAAGAAAUUAAGAAAUUGUAGAAAAGUAUGAGAGAGAAAGUCAGUAAAUACCGUAAAUACCCCCGAAAAGCCGGCCUUCGCCUGACAGCGUAACAGUAUUUAUGAGUCAUAAGAAAACGACCGCCACAGCCCCAUUCUUCCUCUCACCGCGUCACCCUCUGCCCGGCCGACCACACCGGAGGAGCUUCUGGAGAGAGACAGCUGCAGAGAGAAAUCCAUUGAUUUCUGUGUAUCCACCAGUUCCUUAGAGAGGGAGGAACAGAGAACAAAGGAGGGGAGAAGAAAAGGCGGUCUACUUUAGGGAGAGAGAGUGAAGAGUAUCUUUGUAUCUAUCUCUUUGGCAUAUGGAAUGGUUGAAGAAGAAGAAUCUAUCAUUGGCUUUUCUCAGUUUAAGUGCACCGCACUAGUUCAAAUCUCUGUCGUUGCUAUAGAUUGAAUCCUUCUCCUUAAUUCUUUGACCAGGGAAAUGAAGUCCUGGCGUUUCUUUUAUCGGUUUCUUCGGGUUUUCUUUAUAGUCUUCGCCAUGAAUGGAUCCUUGACAGUGCAAGCAUUCACUGGAACCUAUGGAAUAAAUUAUGGGAGAAUUGCAGAUAACAUCCCUUCACCUGAUGAAGUUGUCACACUUCUCAGAGCAUUAAAGAUAAAGAAUGUUCGAAUUUACGAUGCUGAUCACAGUGUCCUCGAGGCUUUUAGUGGAACUGGCCUUGAAAUAGUGGUUGGAGUUCCGAAUGGAAACCUGAAAGAUAUGAAUGCUUCUGAGGACCAUGCCCUGAGUUGGGUUAAAGAAAAUGUACAGUCAUUCCUUCCUGAUACACAUAUUCGGGGAAUUGCUGUGGGAAAUGAAGUUCUAGGGGGUGAUCAAGAACUAUGGGGAGUUCUUUUGGGUGCAGUAAAAAAUGUUCAUAAAGCCCUAGAAAAGUUUCACUUAACUGAUCUAAUUCAGGUUUCAACUGCACAUUCACAGGCUGUUUUGUCAAAUUCAUAUCCUCCCUCCUCAUGUAUUUUCAAUCAGAAUAUUGUCCAAUACAUGAAGCCACUCCUGGAGUUCUUCUCAGAGAUUCAUUCUCCUUUCUGUUUGAAUGCUUACCCCUUUCUUGACUAUAUGGGAGAUCCAGCGAACAUUGAUAUAAAUUAUGCCCUUUUCCAGUCAACGCAGGGUAUUUAUGAUACAAAGGCUAAACUUCAUUAUGAUAACAUGCUUGAUGCUCAGAUUGAUGCUGCCUAUGCUGCUUUGGAAAAUUCUGGAUUUAAAAAGAUGGAAGUUAUAAUUACAGAAACGGGCUGGGCUUCUCGUGGGGAUGAAAAUGAAGCUGCUGCCACCUCAACAAAUGCAAGGACUUACAAUUAUAACCUGCGUAAAAGACUUGCCAAGAAGAAGGGAACCCCACUCAGGCCAAAAAAUGUGGUGAAGGCAUAUAUUUUUGCAGUUUUCAAUGAGAAUUUGAAGCCUGGUCCAACUUCUGAGAGGAACUUUGGACUGUUUAAAGCUGAUGGGAGCAUUUCAUAUGACAUUGGGUUUAAAGGACUGAAAUCUUCUGCAACUUCAUCUAUUUUGUCCUUGAAGAAAAUUCGAGCUCAAGAUUGGUCUGCUUCUUACUCCUUGGUAUUCACAGCCUGUGCUGCAGUGUUGCUUCUGUUUUUAAGAUUGUGACAAAGCAAAGGCUUUGGGGCACCCUCUCUGUCAUAUUCAAUGAUAUUGUUCCUUCCCUCUUAAAGAAGUUGGUCCAGUUUAGAUCACACCUGUGCCUGCUUUCAAUUCCAAACCAGCAUACAGAGGCACUCAUAGUUCCUAGAUUUGGUACUAUUUCAAGUCACUUGGCAAUGUAACACCCCCAAUAUAUCAUUGAUUUUUGUUGGCUUUUA